AUGAUCUCCCAAGUCUCAACGGACCUUCCGCUAGCAGAAGACGAUCCUGUAAUCGGCUUCCAAAAGAAAGAUUUGAUCGGCCUCGACAUGCCACAUAACGAUGCCAUUGUCAUCAGCAUUAAGAUCGCCCAGGCCAUGGUCGACCGAAUCUAUGCAGAUGAGGGCAUCGCAACCAAUAUCCUGCAGUUGGCUGUCAUCCAACAGAUGAGCUUAGAGACAAAGAUCAAUAAAUCAGCCAAGUCGCCGACUGGCUUCAAUGGCGCAACAACGGUUACCGUGGGCACAAUAGAUCUCGACGUCUACUCCCCACUAGUAAUCAGCUCUCAAACAUUCAUGGUCAUUGAUGAAGCCUCACCCUACAAUGGCAUUCUGGGCAGACCAUGGAUCAUCAAGAUCAACGCCAUCACCUCCGCCAUACAUCAGAAGAUUCGCUACCCAAUCCUUGGGGGCAGUGUCGGUCAAAUCAACAAUGAUCAGGCAAUGGCGAAGAAAUGCUCAACUCAAUGGCUAAAGAAAGGCAAGCAAACACAGUUCCUCCUUAUGAAUCAGGCAAAUCUAAAGGGAGUAGAACAAGUAGAGGAGAAAGCAGAUCCCGUUCUUGAUGGCCGAGCAAACCAGAAAGGAAAGGGAAUAACUACUCCCCAAUAA